AUGCCCUCCCAAGCUGAUGACAAGCGCCAGGCCGCGCGCGAGGUCAUCGACAUUCUUCACGAGAUCUCCACGCUCCUCGUAAGUGGCAUGCCAUGCGGCGGGACAUGCAAGCGCGGGGCUGACACUGUCAUUCAUGCGCAGAAUACCAACCUCGACCGCACGGAGCUGUCGCUCUGCGUGUCUCUGAUCGAGAAUGGUGUCAAUCCCGACGCCCUGGCUACGGUGAUCAAGGAUCUGCGGAAGGAAGCUUCCAAGCGUGGUAUCUCGAAUGCAGCUGCCAUGACAGAGUAG